AUGGCAGACGUAGGUGCCGACCUCGGAGGAGCAUGCUGCGCCAUCUUCAACUUCAGCUGGUUCUACAAUAGUCGCAUCGGAACGGACAUAACCUGCCUAGACAAAUGCUGCCGCUGCCACUGCUGCGACGAUAAGGGCGCCCUGCCCGAAGACGAGCAGCCAGGCCGCAAGAAGCGUCAGGAAGAGGCGGCCCGAAAAGCGGCUGCUGCUCGUGGAGAAGAGGAGGGCCCGCCCGCUUAUGAGGCACAACAGCCUGGUAGGACCGAGGCCAUGCAGGUGCCCGUGGGGGCCGCCCAGGUGGAUGUGGAUGGUACGCCGGCGAGUGGACAGGGUACGACGGGUACGACGACGACGACGACGACGACGGGGAAUGUGCAGGCUUGA